AUGAUUUCCAACAGCAUGAUGCUACGGCUACCUCGUCGUCCAAGGGCAUAUGGACAAACUUUCGACUCACCACCCAAGCCACACAGCCCUGCAGACUCGGAUGGGGAGCCCAGAACACCCGUAUCGAAGCAGCGGCAGAGUUACUUUCCUUCCCCCAAGACACCGCAGCGAGCCCGUCCAGGCGAAAAUCUCGACGGUGUUUCCCCAUUCAUCUACGCGAAGGAUGCCAACUCUCUGCCCCUUCAAGACAAACGAUUCGAUCCGAACCGACGGAAACUAGACAGAUACGUCCCGAAGCGCGACCAUACAUCCCCUGUCGCUGAAAGAUAUCGGACCAAGAAGGAGAGCCAAGAUCUCUCAACCGAAGAGAGGCUGACAAGAAACAAACAAGCAUCCACAGAUCCCUUUGCUCUUCGGCAAGUGGACUUGGCAAAAUGCCCCUGGCUGAUAUAUGAUGUCCAGUCAGUUGGUGGCCUCGUACCCAGCGCAAUCGCCAUUGACGACGGGCAAGGACAUCUCCUUCAACGUGGAACAAACGCUCGCAUAUUUCCAACCCCCUUCCAAGAAAGCUUGGUAAACACAUCGGUCGAAAAAGAGAAGCAUGAGGGCCGCGUCGCUUCUGCCUUGGACCUUGACCGUAUUCGCAAAGUGCUCGACUUCUGCCAGAGCCGGCCAAUACCACCAAGUCCAACCGUGGGUCGAGUACUGGAUCUGGAAGAAGGCCGAACUGUUUGGGAUGGGUGCAAAUGGUCAAAUAAGGAGCAAUUCACUAUUCCUCCGAGGCCAGCGAAGAAACGUCUUCUCCCUGCUGCUCCAUUCAGGGUCCUCGACGCGCCAAAUCUCAAGGACGACUUCUACUGCUCUCCGUUAGCAUACUCACCUACAUCACACACUCUCGUGGUCUGCCUGAGCAACUUGCUUUACGCCUGGUCCGAGGCUGGGGUAGAAUGGCCAAUGAACUGGGAAGUUUCCAGAGAUACCUGGCCAGGAGCAGUUACUCUCAUGGCCAAGAUCAGUAACAUUCAUUGCCAGCAAAUAUGCGGCCUCGCAUGGUCGUCGGACGGGCGGCUCUUUGCCACUGGAGGGAACGACAACCUCUGCUGCCUUUUUGAGGUGGACCAUGUUCUUGGGCAGCGUCGAACGGAAUCUGCUCGGUCAGAAAAUGGAUAUCAAGGGAGAUUUGAGGCCCUCAGCCCCUACGGCGGUAUUGAGACAAGAGUAACACGGCCAUUUUAUUCCCCGCAAGACGUUUCAGGGACGGAAGAUGCAUCUGAACCACAAAUUGCGGCUGAGAUGCGACCACUUCCAAACUCGAGCGACACAGUUCGGUAUCUUGGGCCUGGGGCUGAGAGACACCAUUGGGACCAUGAUGCUGCCGUCAAAGCCAUUGCUUUCUGCCCCUGGAGGCGCGGUUUGGUCGCCACAAGUGGUGGCUCCAAUAACAAAUGCAUCCACUUCUACCAUACGACAUCAGGGGCGGCUCUGGCAACCAUUGCCGUGUCAGCUCAAGUGACCUCGCUAAUCUGGAGCACAACUCGACGAGAGAUUGUAGCCACGUUUGGUUAUGCCCAGCCAGAUCAUCCUUACCGGAUCAGCGUCUUCAGCUGGCCAGAGUGCAAGCAGGUGGCAGCGAUACCUUGGGAGGGCGAGUUGAGAGCUCUCUAUGCCGUCCCGUAUCCUCGGGGUCCUGCACCUAACAGUGAUGUACAACGAGAUGGGGGGUUUCAAGAGGGAAGCAUUAUCGUUGCAUCAAGUGACAAGAGCAUUAAGUUUCACGAAGUGUGGUCGAGCGAAAAAGGGGCAACAGUGGGCGGCAGUGGCAUGCUUGGCGGAAGUGACAUACUUGAGGGGCUGGAAGGGAUCGACAAGGAAGGGGACGUGAUCCGAUGA